GCUUCCUGUGUAAAGGGAGAGAGAGAGGAUUAGAGACAAAGAAAGUGAAAUGCUAAGAAAAUGGCAGUUUCAUAUUCUUCAAACAAACUUCUCCUCUCAUUCUUCUGUUUCAUAUCCAUCGUCGGAUUCAAGCUCAAAGCCAUGGCCACCUAUUCGGACAUCAAUCCUCCGGCGACCUGCAAUUCAAAUCUCGGAGCGGUUCUUCCUCCACCAUAUUCUGAUCUCUCCAGCCUCACCUGCUCCCUCAUUUGGCAACAGAUGUUUUCCUUGAGUUUUUACCAGGACAGUCAAAACGUGACGACGAUCGUUUUAUCAGGGAAACACAAUCACAAAUGGAUUGGAAUCGGAUUCUCCCGCAAUGGGAGUAUGGUGGGAUCGAGCGCUAUGGUAGCGUGGGUAGAGAAAAACGGCUUCUCUGGAAUAAGGCAAUAUUAUUUAGAAGGCAAAAACAUGUCUAAAGUCAUACCUAACAAAGGCGAUUUGCGAUUCACCACUGCAAGCCCUGUAGUUGUUGUUCAUGGAGAUGUUCUCUACAUCGCUUUCCAGCUCAAGUUCCCCACUUCCCUGGCUUACCAACCCAUUUUAUUGGCAAUCGGCUCUGCAAAUCCUCUAAAAAAUGGCCUCCUCCCCAAACAUACGAACAGUACUACAACCUACAUCGAGUUCUCCUCAGCUCAUCUAAGAGCGCAACCAAUGAACGUUAACGAUCUAAGGAAAUACCAUGGAAUGACGGCGAUAAUCGGUUGGGGCGUUGUGACGCCGACCGGAUUGUUAGUCGCUAGGUACUUUCGACACAUGGAACCGUCGUGGUAUUACAUUCAUUCUUUGGUACAGUUCAUCGGAUUCUUCGUCGGAAUCAUCUCCAUCUCUAUAGGACGCAAUCUAUACCAAAAAAUCGGCGCCAUCUUCUUAGCGCACAAAUUCAUCGGCUACACUGUAUUUUUCCUUGCAGGUCUCGAGGUAUGCCAGUUCGUCGGAAGGCCGUCGAGUGACUCCAAACGCCGGAAGUAUUGGAACUUCGCUCACUAUUGGGUGGGAAGAAUUGCAAUGGUAAUGGGAGUUUUGAAUAUUUUCAUCGGCUUUCAUGGAAUCGUCUCCAAUGAUCGAAGCCUGAAGAUAGGGUUUGGAAUAUCGUUUGUGGCUCUGUUGACGGCGGUGAUCGUGCUCGAAGUACGGAGGCGGGGAGAAAAUGCGAUACCGGAAGCCAUUGUUGUUGAUCAGCCGCCGGUGUUUCAAGUGAUCGAUAAACAUUAGCAACUGGAAAUAGAUAGAGCUUUUUAUAAAAUUCUUAUGGCGCGUUUCCUGAAAGUGAAAAACAAAGCUGGAUUUUGGAUUUUGGAUUUUGAUUUUCCUUUUUUCUUUUAAAUUUUUCUACUUUGUAGUUUAUGUAUAUAUAAAAUAUGAAGCUAACACAUAUAGAAUAUAACGAGACACCAAUUAUUGGAUGGUA